AUGGCUUCUCGAACUAAGAGAACUGCGUCCAUCGAGCAUUCCCCAGAGAAAGUGGACCCGGCAGAGGCAUCCUCAUCAUGGACCACCACCGCUCGUUCCUUCGGCCGCUGGGUCCUGACGCCCCUGGGGUUUGCAAUAUCGGUCUACGGCCUUAAUGUAAUUGCAUGGGGUGGGAUGUUAUUCCUACUAAUGUGCAACGCCGCACCAGCAAUGUGCCAUCCCAGCUGCAAUGAUCUGUACUCCUCUCGCCGGAUCUGGAUCGAGAUCGACUCGCAGAUCCUCAAUGCGCUUUUUUGCGUCACAGGGUUCGGACUUGCGCCCUGGCGGAUUCGGGAUCUCUACCUGUGGUGCCGUUGGCGACUAGGCCGGGGGCCAGGAAACCGGCGGAAAUGGUUCGAUCGUCUGGCAGAGAUUCACGCGAAUUGGUUCUACCAAGGGCCCCAGCCAAAUGGGAGUCCUCUACUUACUACAACUCAGGAUACCUCCUCUAAAGGGCGAAGUCCUUCGCCUACUCCCGGGUGGAAACUACAUGUGGUAAUAUGGGGUAAUAUCUUGAAUACUGCCUUUCAGGUCUGCCUUGCUGCUUGUAUGUGGGCGAUGAAUCGAUUUAACAGGCCAAGUUGGACUACUGGGCUCUUUGUCGGUCUUGCUUGUGUGGCGGCUGGAGUUCCUGGGAUUCUGAUGUGGUUGGAGAAAAAACGGAUCAAGAAAGCCAAUGAACACCCAGGGGCUCUGUUGUUGAAACCGCUUUCCACACAAUAUAGUUUACUGGGCGACAGAUCUCAUACAGCAGGAUCAGGAAACAACAUCACAGAAGCAGCAUAAGAAGCUUUGCGUGAGCG